GGCGUGCUGCCCGACUCCUGGAGCUCCCUGUCCAAGCUUCAGGGCCUGGACCUGUCGAACAACAAGGUGUCUGGUGACCUCCCCGCCAGCUGGGGCGCCCUCGCCAACCUGCAGGCCAUGGACCUGCAGGGCAACCAGCUGACGGGCACGGUACCCGCGGCCUGGUCCGGCAUGGUGGCCCUGGACGCCUUCUCCGUGGCCAACAAC